CAGGAGCCAAAGUGACUCAUCCUGCUGCAGGAAGUUCAAGACCCAGAGGGGAGAUGUUGUUGAUGCUGGUGUCCCUGCUCUGCUGCGUCCCUGCUGCCCAGGCCUGUCUGCAGUGUGACCGAACCGUCAGGCUGCUCCAUGAAAACUUCAUCCUGUCUGCUCCCUCUGUGAGUGACCAGAUAGAGCUGCAGAAGAUUUCUGACCAUGCCUACGUGACUUACACAGACACCAGCCAGCAGCGACAGGGGGUCAUUGAUCCCACCACUCUGUACAGAGCCAGAACUGAAUACCAGAGUGAAUUUGACCGCUUCUUGAAAACGCCACUCACUGGAUCCAUAACAUUUGAAGCCAUUCAGAUGAUGGAGAAAGGCAGAAAGAUCUUAGAGAAACACUUGGACGCUUUCAUCCCUGAUGGAUUGUGCCCCAACAAGUGUGGGCUGCUGAAUAGAAGAGUAAUGGACUGUGUGUCUUGCCGAUUCAAGAUAUACAUCUGUCCGUCUCCGUCUGGCCAGCAGGACUGCGGUGAGUACCCAGUGCAGGCCGAGGAGGGAGGCCAGGCGGUGUUGGACUGUUUUCUCCCAUGGCAUCGUCUUCUGUUAGGAAAGCCCGAGUACCACUACUUCUGGGCCCCAGGAGUGCCAGGAACCGAAACGCUGGAUGAAAGUGACUUCAAGGCUUUGGUGGUGACAGACGACUCAUCUGUGGUCUUGAAUCAGCUGCGUGUGGAUGAACAGGGAACAUAUCGCUGCUCACUGCAAGACAGAAAUGGAACCAUCUUCUAUCAAGUCACUUUCCUGCUCACUGUCACCCCUCUGCCUCACCAAACUCACCGAUCACUCGCCUCCCUGCCCUCCCUGCCCUCCCUGCCUCGUGGAGACGACUCUUCACCUUUUCAGCCUACGGAGGACCUGCUGGCGCCAGUCAUCGCCAUGGUGACGGCCGUGAGCGUGGCAGCGAGCGUAGGCAUCACAGUUGUCCUGGGCAGAGAGCAGCAAAGGAGUUGAGGAGAAGAAGGAGGAAGGAACAAGACACAGAAAACACGGUGUGAUUAAUUUACUGUACGCAGUAAAUACUUCAAUGACAGGAGGGUUUUUCCUCAUUUCAGGCUGUACAUUUCACGUUUCACUCUGCGGUCAAACAAAUUUCCCAGCAGAAAGCGCCGUGUCAUGUCUAGAAGUGAGAGUAGAAGUGAGAAUAAAUUCUGUCUACAUGCAAAUGAGACACAGAGGCGUUAGUGAAGUAAUUUAUUGACGGGGUGAAGCCAGAGAAGAGAUCCCACUCGUAAAACAGAAAGUUUGUGGUGUGAAAAGACCAUAAUGUGCAACACUAAAAAAUUCACUCAGAAACCCGUUGACUUUCCGCUUCACGGACCGACCAGAGCACAUGAGUGAUCAGACCCCAACAGGGGCACGUUCCCUCUGAAUGAAGCGAUGCCGUCGUCACGUGGGCGUUUAUGAGAGGAGCCAGGGAUGAGGUAAAUCUCAUGGAUUACAGUGUUUUUCAGAGAUUACUAGCCCCAGCCAUCCAAUUAAUCCUAGAUAAUCCCCGCGUGGACAGGGAUGGGGAGGGGGGGUAAAAGCAAGCGGCAGAUGUUUUCAUCAGGGGUUCUUUUGAUGUUUAGUUACUCACAUAUUCAUUCACAGAGACGAGCGAAGGCGUAUUUUUGCAUCAUUAGUCGUGAUACCAUCAUUCUGAAGUCACAGGUUUCUUACAACACCAUGACUAGACUUUUUAUCUGCCUCUGUACGUUUUGAUGACAUAAACGGCUUCUGAUUAAAAAAAUAGUCACAUGUAUAUUGACACAAGAUCUGUAAUCAUCUCCACCACCUCUACAAGUCUGUCUUGCAUCAUAUACCUGCUGCCAUUUUUGUGUCAUGACGUGUGUUAUCAGCAUGUUUACCAGCAUAGCAGGUCAAAAUGGAUUUUUAUAGGGCAGUAAAAAAUUAAUUGAGUACAUCGUAUUUGAACCUAUCUUUUAGCAUGAUGUCACCACAUGCCAUUCUGAUUGGUUAACACAGGAGAGAUUAUGAAACAUUUAAAAAAAUGAAAAUGAAAGAAGUGAUUGAUAUGAGUCACCACAACCAUGUGGUCACCUGUGAAAUCAGUAAUCAUUGCUCAGGUUUUUCAGGGAAAUUUCUGACGAAAAUUCUUCAUUAAGGGAUAGGUAGUCUGAGCCAUGACAAACGCAGCAGAGGUCGUAGUGAUGCAUUGUGAGGGGGCGUUUUUGCGGAGGCUGAUGUCUACAUGGAUGGUGACAGGAUAUAUGUGCGGUGCUGUUUCCUGUCUGGCUCGCUGACAUGGGGGCGAAGACCAAAAAGAAAAAAAAACAUUCUUGAAGACACCCUCAUACGGUCGUGUCACAGUCUUCCAACUCAACAGACCUCAUCCCUUCACCGGGGGUUCAUAUGUGUGUGUGUUCAAACCUAAAAUACAGGUUGAGGCUACAGCAAAUGCCCGCUCAGCGGCUCUGCUGACAGCUAUGAUAAAUUGUGUAUCAAAGUUUUGUGUGUGUGUGUGUGUGUGUGUGUGUGUGUGUGUGUGUGUGUGUGUGUGUGUGUGUGUGUGUGUGUGUGUGUGUGUGUGUGUGUGUGUGUGUGUGUGUGUGUGUGUGUGUGUUUGUGUUUGUGUGUUAGUGCUGCUGUGUAUUGAAAUUGCAGCCUCAGCAGGGAGGGGGGAUGACAAAGUGGGAGUGCUACAGCAGCCAGCAGCGGUGAGGGAGGGGAGGAAGGGAAGUGGGAACAUGAAGAAAGUGGAGUCAGAGGUUUGAGUGGGAGACAUUUUGUGGACAGGCAGAGGGAUGUGAAUGUGGGUUAUGAGGAAAUGAGGACAAAGACGUCAGAUUACACCUUGUGAUAUAAACUACCCCACACUGCAUGUUAAAUAUAUCCUUUAUCCAGGGGUGGAAACAGCUACAUCUACACGGACUCCUUAAUUAGAAUCACUAGCGUCUGAUUUGAAUGUUACUCACUGACAGCUGAAACAACCUACACUGAAAACUGCUUGAAUAAAAGCAGCUUGAAAUGGGCCUGAAGGCCCUGAAACUUGGUUUCAGAUUUCAGAAUGAGUAAUUUGUUAUCAGUUCAAUACUCAGCUCGUAACCUGCUUCAUAAUGAAUGUGUUUGUAUGGAUUGAUCAGAUGUGUUUGUAUGGAUUUGUCAUCAUAUUCUGGUCCAAAUAUUAAGUCUUACUUGGUGCAUGUAUGUAGCAUUACCUUGUCCCCACAGAGCUACUUAAAACCCGCAACAACCAAAAAAAAAAAACAGCAAAUAAAAGCACAAAUACAGAAAUCAGUCGUGUGAAAUAACCAGAAUUGUUGUAAACUUGACUGAAAAUUUGAACUUCAUGUCGGAGCCCAAAGAUUAGAGCAGGAAAUGGAGAAAAGUGGUUUUCAGAGCAUCCUGUAUGAAACCACUAACAAGUGAUGUGUGCGUAGCUGCAGUGUGAUAUUUCCCUGUGUCAUGACGUUGACCGAUGUUCAGAAACUAUAAAACAACAUAGGCAUCACUGAGCUUUAUUAUGAUGAACAAGGGCACUGUUUUUUCAGUCAAUCCCCCCACAUAUUUAUCAUACUGCAACAAAUCCACCACUGGAAAUAAUCCUCAACAAAUGUAUCGUUUCAGGAAAUUACUGUCAUAUUACUCUGCCUUUCCGGAUAUUACAUUAUGUAUUUGGGCCUUAUUUUACAGAUCUUCAUAAAUAAGAAAAUCACUGCUAAGAUUGUUGGUUUUGGAUAUUUCACAACAUUUACUGACAAUAUGAAAAAUGUAUAGGACCAGCCUCAAGUGCAAGUUAUUCAGUUUGUGACACUGGUCAAUAUGCAAAAUUAAAUGUAUGCGUUUGGGAAAAAACUGGGUGAUAUAUAACUUGCAGAGGGUCUUCAUAAUAUGAGCAGAAACAGUAGCUGUAACAGUGCUUUUGAAAUAAGCAGUGCACUGUUAUUUGGAAAAAAUAAAUGCUUUAAAAACAUACAAAUUUUUUAAACAAUUUACUUCUAUUUUACAGGUUGUUCUGAUAACUUACAGAAAACAAGUAGUAACAUCACAAAAAAAGGCAUAUGUGUGUAGAAUAUCUUGACUGUAAUGUUACACUACUUUUGCUGUAUAAAUUAACAAAAAUAUAAAUAUUUUACAGGUAUAUUAACUUCAUAUGAAACUGAAAUUAUUUUACCAACUGAAUAAUGUCAUAUCAUUUUAAUUGCUAUUUUACAGUUAUCCUCAUUUUGUCAAAUUACAAAUACCAUCUAGUAGAGUAAUUUUGAAAAACUGUCCAUAAUGUCCUCAUCAAAAGUCAGUUAUUUUACAUAGUCUUACAUAUUGUUCUUCCACAAAAUGUGACCAUAAAAUGACACUGUUUAACUGUAUUUAAAUCAACUAUAAUGUUCACUAUUUUACAGAUAUUCUCGUUGUUCUUUUUUUUUAAAGAUUUCAUAUUU